AUGAAGCCCCUUUCAAUCCCACGACCAACUUUGUAUAAUGGUCUCAUUCCCGCGUGUGCAGCCGCAUUGUUUUUCUACGUAUUCACAGCCGACAAAGCAGUUGUUCAAACUCCCUCGGUGAUAAUCUCGACCACCAACGCGUCCAUCAUCCAGCACGAUUUAUCAACCAGAGUUUAUUGCCGCGGCGACUCGUUCGUCACACGGAGAUGCACUAUCUUCAACCUCUGCGUCAGCCCUCAGCGCGACACCUUUAUAUUCUUGACUUCUCCGCAAUCGCAAAUAGUUGGCGUUCCACGAGAAGAGGUCGCUCGCUCCGACAGGCUGCUCGACGCUUCUUCCAUCGCUGACCAUAACAUGAUGCACCUGGUCUACACAACCCUGCCUUUGGAAAUGGCAUCCCAAUUGAAAAUGCGAUUCAUAAACGAAUCUGUGUUCAUCAUGAAUCCCUUUUUGCCUUCGAACAUGGCCCACACUCUCCUGGACGACCUCAUCCCGUUAUUCUUCACGUACGACGAAUUAUGCUUUGGCGACAUCUAUGCGUGCAUCGAGAAAUAUCGAUUGGUGUUGCUGCGUGCCCAUGCGAACUACGCGCAGCACCCGCACAGUCCGCUCUAUGCCGCGUUCUCGCGAAGAAGCAUAUGGAAUCUGGCGCAUGAUGAGUUCGAUGACGGUGAUUACGUGUGCUUUUCACGCGCGGAAGUCGGACUCCGGAAGGACGUGAAAUACUACGACUUCGCAUCCGCAGCAGCCGAGUAUGAACAGCCGAUGGACUCCAGUUUGGAGCCGGAAGAUACGGAAAGGUUCGUGAAAUUCAUUGAAAAGCGGCUUUGCGAACUGGCCCCGGGAAGUGAAGUGUGCACGCAAGCGACUUGUGCGGUGGAUCCUAACGCUGCGAAGGUUCUGGUGCUAAAUCGUCAAAAGACCAGACGGAUUUUGAAUCUUGACGAGUUGGUGAAUUUAUUGGAAGAUAUGUAUGCUGACGACGGCAAUGCUGGGCGCAAAACUGUGGAAUUAGUGUCACUGGAAACGCAUUCAUUGAUUGACCUGAUCUGCAAGACGAAGACGGCUAAAAUGAUCAUCGGAGUCCACGGAGCAUUGAUGAAGUUGGCGUUUUUCUUGAAACCCGGAACUGCUGUCGUGGAACUUUUUCCGUACGCUUUGAAUCCAGAUAACUACCAAAUUUUCAGGACCAUUUGCGAGAAGCUGAAAGUCCGAGUGAGAUACUGGUCCUGGGCCAACACCAACCGCAACCACACCAUCUACAACGCCGACUUCCCGCACCCGGGUGUCAUCACUCACCUUUCCCACCAAGACCAACUCCACAUUCAAGAAAUGACUCAAGUUCCACGACUGGAUUGCUGCAAUGACAAACGCUUCCACUACUGGCUGCAUCGCGACAGCAUCGUCGACACUGAGACUCUAGCGCCGAUUCUGAUAUCCGCGUUGGAUUGGACGCGGGAUAAUGAAGAGCAGCAGCAGCGAGCACCUCAAUCUACGGUGGUUGUUCCAGCGCCGGAGCAGUUGAGGAUCGAUUUCGAUGGGAGUAGUGAACGAAUUAUUGUGACUUGGAAGCCUCCGCAGAAUUUCGCAGUGUACCAGCAGAAAUUCGCGUACUUGGUGAAUUUCUUGGAUAAUGUCACUGGGGUGUUGAAGACGUUUGUUGUUGGUGUUCCAAGGGUUGAUGUGCCUUAUGAUAAUAAGCCAUUGAAUAAUACAAUGGGAGAACAAUCGCUGCUCAUCAGUGUUGAAGUUGUGCCCAGCAAUGGUUUGAUGGCUGUUGGACGCAAAGCUUAUUUGGCUGUUAUCAUUUGAAGAAAUAUGGAUGCAGCAUUUGCUUGUUUCUUUAUUUAUUUAUUGAUUUUUAUUUCAGCUUGAACAUUUCUCUGAGAAUUCUUUGUUGUUUUCCUUAU